AUGCCUCACGUUCCUCCCUCAGCUGAGGCCGACAACCAAGGCGAUGCGCCUGAACUUGUCUUCCCCCCAGUCACCAAGGAUCACAUCCAAAACUGCUCCUAUGACUCUUGGUUUCCUAAGUAUAAAAGCUCGUGUCUCAAGUCUCGCAUAGUCCCUCUCCCGCCAGCCUUUGUUGAAUACCUCCACGAAGAUGGUAUAGUCCUGGCGGAUGACGACGAGCAUCAAGAUGAACCCGAGGAAGAGUGGCAUGCAUCAUCCAACACAUCUGCAAGACCACAUGAUCCCGAAUCAUCAGAUGAAGAAGAAGAGGAGCCAGAAAGACUGCCACCAAACCAGAGAUUCCCAGAGACACAUAAUCUCAUCAAGGCAACUAUCGCAGAAUUGGGCGGCUCGGUGGCCCCGAAGUUGAACUGGUCUUCACCAAAGGAUGCAAAGUGGAUAUCGCCUCACCAGAACACACUCAAAUGCACGACUACAAACGACAUCUAUCUCCUUCUGAAGUCGUCUUCUUUCGUGUCCCAUGAUCUUGAUCAUGCCUUCGAUGAUUGCACUUCAGCACCCCCUUCCCGCCCAUAUGCACCCAUUCUUGUCCUCAGACCAUUCUUCACUCCCCAUGUUGCCCUUGAAUUCCGGUGUUUCGUUAAGCACAGGGCGCUCAUUGGAAUUACGCAAAGAGAUCUCAAUCAUUACGCUUUCCUUGAGCAGAUCCGACCACAGUUAUGGCGCAAGAUUAAGAAUUUCUUCCACGAUAGACUGCGGCUCACUUUUCCCGAUGCCAGUUUUGUCUUUGAUGUUUACGUUCCGGAGAACUCGUUCGAAAAGGAUGGACUUGGAAAAGUCAGAUUGAUGGAUAUCAACCCAUGGGCCACUCGUACAGACAGUCUCCUUUUCGGCUGGCAAGAGCUUUUGGAAAUGGAUGUUCCAAAGCCUCUAUAUGGCACAUCUUCUAGUGAGGCUGGUCCGGAUGUCAGCGGUGACGAUACGGUCACUGAAGGUGAGGACAACGACGAAGAUAUCGAAUGGCGGCCAGAUAUGAGCCCCGAGUUUCGUAUUAUAGAGAAGGAUGAUCCAGCUGCGUAUAACUUCAGCAGCCCACAAUAUUCGGCUCACAAGCUGCCCAAGGAGGUUGUAGAUGCAAGUAUGGCUGGUCAGGGCGGUCUAAUGGAGUUUGCGAUGCAGUGGAAGGAAAUCACCGAGGGACGGGGAGAUGGCAUUUGGGAAAAGGCUGCUGGUGCCGGCACAUAG